GAAAUCUUAGCUGUAUAGUACUUCUGUCUCUCCCCUUUACAAGAGAAAAAGGACAAAACUUUAAAAAGGAGAAUCCUCCCCUCAAUUCGAGAAACCACGAAAGGGUUUUACUUCGAUUCAGUUCUUGUCCUCGAAAGUCUUCUCCUUUUGUUUGUACAGGAGUCUCAUGUAAUGUUAAUUUGGUGUUUUAAUUUGUCUUUUGGACAAUAGUUUUGGUCUUGGGUCGGAAGCAAUGCAGUUAUAUCAUCAUCCAUACUCGUUAGACAGCCAGAGAGUGAGACUAGCUUUGGAAGAGAAAGGCAUUGAUUACACAUCGUACCAUGUGAAUCCCAUUACAGGCAAGCACAUGGACUCUUCCUUCUUCAGGAUGAAUCCCAACGCCAAGCUCCCCGUUUUCAGAAACGGUUCUCACAUCAUCUUGGACACUAUUGAGAUCAUAGAGUACUUGGAGAGAAUAGCUGAGGUUUCAUCUGGUGUAGAGGACGCUACUUUUGGUAGAGAAGUACUUGAAUGGAUGCGGAAGAUUAGAGAAUGGGACUCCAAGCUAUUCACACUUGCUCAUAUUCCUGAUAACCGUCGCCUCUAUGUUUCCAAGUUCUUGAGGAUGGUGAUGAUUGCACGGAUGGCUGAGUCUCCGGACUUGGCCAGUGCUUACCAUAGGAAGCUAAGGGAAGCGUAUGACACAGAGGACAAACUAAAAGACCCUGAAGCCCUGAGGAGAAGCAAAGACCAUUUGCUCAGGCUUCUAGAUGAGGUUGAGACCAAGCUAGAGGGGACUAGUUAUGUGGCGGGGAAUGAGUUUAGCAUGGCUGAUGUGAUGCUGGUGCCUGUGUUAGCUAGGCUAUCGCUGUUGGAUUUGGAAGAGGAGUAUAUAAGUAGCAGGAGGAAUCUUGCUGAGUAUUGGGUGGUUGUGAGGAGUAGACCGAGCUACAAGAAGGUUGUUGGAAGGUACUUUAAUGGCUGGAGAAAGUAUGCAACGCUUUUGAAGACUUGGAUGUUUGUUAGAGUCAGAAGCUUGCUAAGAAAAUAUUGAAUUGUUAAAAAAUAUUUUGGUUUUUCUUUGUCAUGUUUUUAAGUGUUUUCCCACUUUGAAUGUUCAUUUUUACAUAACAUUGUAAAGUUGAGAAAAGUUUGUACCAAGAAUGCUUAUUUAUUAAGAAGUUUGUAAUGUGAAUAAAGAAUGUGAUUGAAAUAUAA